UCCGCGCGCUCAGCCUGUGGAGCGCUUCACUGGAGCAGCAGCCUCCGCCCAGAGCCGCUUCACACUCGGACUGUCACCGUGUCCUCCCUCGGUGCUCAGGAGGUUGGAAGAAUGACCGACAAUAUCCCCCUCCAGCCCGUCAGACGACCCAAAAGACAUGACAAUAAAAACAGAAAUGGCUGCUGCCCAUGGUCGCGGUGCUGUGGGAUGGGGGAGCUGCGUCCUCGGACAGUGUGGUUGGGGCAUCCAGAGAAGAGGGAGCAGAGGUACCCCCGAAACGUCAUCAACAACCAGAAAUACAACUUCUUUACCUUCUUACCAGGGGUACUUUUUAAUCAGUUCAAGUACUUCUUCAACUUGUACUUUCUGCUACUUGCCUGCUCCCAGUUUGUGAAUGAGCUGCGAUUAGGAGCGCUCUACACUUACUGGGUCCCUCUGGGUGUGGUGUUGUUCAUCACUAUUUUACGAGAAGCAGUGGAUGAAAUACGCUGUUACCUUCGGGAUAAAGAAGUCAACUCUCAAAUCUACAGCAAACUCUCCACCCGAGGGACGGUGAAGGUGAAAAGCAGCGGGAUCCAAGUGGGUGACCUCAUCAUCGUGGAGAAGAACCAGCGUGUUCCAGCAGACAUGAUCUUCUUAAGGACCUCAGAGAGAAACGGCUCCUGUUUCCUGCGCACUGACCAGCUCGAUGGAGAGACUGACUGGAAACUGCGCCUCCCAGUGGCCUGUACACAGAGGCUGCCCACUGCUGGUGACCUCCUGCAAAUCAGAUCGUACGUUUACGCCGAAGAACCAAACAUAGAUAUCCACAACUUUAUUGGCACAUUCACAAGAGAAGACGGAGACCACCCAGUCAACGAAAGUCUCAGCAUUGAAAACACCCUCUGGGCAAGCACUGUUAUAGCUUCUGGCACAGUAAUGGGGGUGGUGAUUUACACAGGCCGAGAGCUGCGCAGCGUCAUGAACACCUCCAACCCCCGAAACAAGGCGGGCUUGUUUGACCUGGAGGUGAACACUCUCACUAAGAUCCUGUUCGGGGCCCUGGUGGUGGUUUCCAUGGUGAUGGUGGCUCUACAACACUUCGCUGGACGAUGGUACCUGCAGAUUCUACGGUUCCUGUUACUGCUCUCUCACAUCAUCCCCAUCAGUUUGCGCGUGAACCUGGACAUGGGGAAAAUGGUUUUCAGUUGGAUGAUAAAGAAAGACUCUAAAAUUCCUGGGACAGUGGUUCGAGCCAGCACUAUCCCGGAACAACUGGGACGCAUCUCCUACCUCCUCACGGACAAGACCGGGACAUUGACUCAGAAUGAAAUGGUUUUCCGGCGUUUGCAUCUGGGGACUGUGGCCUACGGUAUGGACUCAAUGGACGAAGUGCAGAGCCACGUGUUCAGUGCUUACACUCAGGCGACCCAUGACCUCCCGGCCUCCAGAGCUCCCGGUGCCACAAAAGUGAGAAAGACAAUCAGCAGCCGAGUGCACGAGGCAGUGAAGGCCAUCGCUCUGGUGCACAACGUGACCCCAGUGUACGAGUCCAACGGCGUGACCGACCAGGCAGAGGCCGAGCAGCACUAUGAGGACACCUGCAGGGUCUACCAGGCAUCUAGUCCAGACGAGGUGUCGCUGGUGCAGUGGACUGAGAGUGUGGGACUGACUCUUGUGGGACGGGACCAGUCUUCUAUUCAGCUGAGGACGCCUACUGGACAAAUCCUGAACUUCACUAUCCUACAGAUUUUCCCCUUCACUUAUGAGAGCAAGAGGAUGGGCAUCAUUGUGCGGGAUGAAUCGAAUGGCGAGAUCACUUUCUACAUGAAGGGAGCAGAUGUGGUGAUGGCUGGGAUCGUUCAGUACAACGACUGGCUGGAGGAGGAGUGUGGAAACAUGGCUCGUGAAGGCCUGAGGGUCCUGGUCGUGUCCAAGAAGUCACUGACAGAGGAGCAGUACCAGGAUUUUGAGGCACGUUACAUUCAGGCCAAACUGAGCGUUCACGACCGCUCCCUGAAGGUGGCGACGGUGAUUGAGAGUCUGGAGAUGGAAAUGGAGCUUCUGUGUUUGACCGGAGUGGAGGAUCAGCUGCAGACAGACGUCAGACCCACACUGGAAAUACUCAGGAACGCUGGGAUCAAGGUCUGGAUGUUGACAGGAGACAAACUGGAGACGGCCACCUGCACGGCUAAGAACGCUCACCUGAUCACACGCUCCCAGGACAUCCACGUCUUCAGACCUGUGACCACUCGUGGAGAGGCCCAUCUGGAGCUCAAUGCCUUCAGACGGAAACACGACUGUGCCCUGGUCAUAUCCGGAGACUCACUCGAGGUUUGUCUGAAAUAUUACGAGUACGAGUUUAUGGAGCUGGCCUGUCAGUGUCCUGCGGUCGUGUGCUGUCGAUGUGCUCCCACUCAAAAGGCCCAGAUCGUACGGUUACUUCAGGAACGCACCGGAAAACUCACCUGCGCCGUGGGAGACGGAGGAAACGAUGUGAGCAUGAUCCAGGAAGCGGACUGUGGCGUGGGAGUGGAGGGCAAAGAGGGUAAGCAGGCGUCUUUGGCUGCAGACUUCUCUGUGACUCAGUUCAAACAUUUGGGGCGCCUCCUAAUGGUCCACGGACGUAACAGCUACAAGAGAUCAGCUGCUCUGAGUCAAUUUGUGAUCCAUCGCAGCCUCUGCAUCAGCACCAUGCAGACGGUGUUCUCCUCUGUGUUCUACUUCGCCUCCGUGCCGCUGUACCAGGGAUUCCUGAUUAUCGGUUAUUCCACCAUCUAUACCAUGUUCCCUGUGUUUUCUCUGGUUCUCGAUAAAGAUGUCAAGUCUGAGGUUGCCAUGUUGUAUCCAGAAUUAUACAAAGAUCUCCUAAAGGGACGGCCGCUAUCCUACAAGACUUUCCUAAUAUGGGUCUUAAUCAGUAUCUACCAAGGCAGUAUUCUGAUGUAUGGGGCGCUGGUCCUGUUUGACUCUGAGUUCGUUCACAUUGUAGCGAUCUCCUUCACAUCGCUCAUUCUCACGGAGCUCCUCAUGGUGGCGCUAACAAUCCAAACCUGGCACUGGCUCAUGAUUGUGGGAGAGCUGCUCAGCUUGGCCUGCUACAUUGCAUCCCUCGUGUUUCUGCAUGAGUUUAUAGAUGUUUACUUCAUCACCACAGUGUCGUUCUUCUGGAAGGUGACCGUGAUCACUCUGGUCAGCUGUUUACCGCUCUACAUACUCAAGUAUCUACGACGACGCUUCUCUCCGCCCAACUACUCCAAACUCACCUCAUAGUACUACUACUGCUACUACUACCAUUACCACUACUACUACACCUCUACACCUCAAGUAUUCACAGCUUUUCUUCUCCCAGCUACUCCAAACUCACUUCAUAGCAACUGUACUCUUACUACUACUGCUACUGCUACUACUACUACUACUACUACUACUACUACUACUACUACCACUACCACUACUACUACUACUGCAACUUGUACUACUACUGUCUGUGCACUUCUAUAUCCUCUAGUGUCUAUGGCAAAGCCUUUCUCCGACCAGCUACUCCAAACUCAUCUUAUAGUACUACGAAUACUAUGACUACGACUACUGUUAUUAUUGAUACUACUACUACUAAUAUUACUAGUACAACUGACUACAAUACACAGUCAAUUACACUUAAAGUUCCCCAAACUGACUUUACAACUACUACUACUACUACUACUACUUUGACGGCAAUACAAUACAAUGGAGUUGCAUUUCCCAUACAUUUAAGUUAUUUUAUAAAACAUAUAAGUGACCCUAAAUGCAUUAAAAAGAUAAUAGAUUUUGAAAAAGCAUAAUACAGGAUUUUUACGUCACCUUGGCAACAUGCAUGGACACUUGAGAAAAGCCCUUUAAUGUAUUGGUUUAUGUGCAGUAUGUUUUUGAAUCAUUGUGAAUCCUGCAGAAAAAAGGUGCCAACUGCAAAGAACAAUAUGAGGAAAAUAAGACUCGACAUUAAGCUCAAAAUGUAAAAUUCGGAUCCCUGUUUUUUUUCCCCCAACCACAGAGCGUAAUUUUAACAAUUUUGAAGGAUUUAAAUGAAAAAAGUGUUUAUCAGUUUAUAUUAGAGGUGGGUGAUAUGGCAAUUUAAACUCAAACUCAGAUUCAGUGUGUUUCAUAUUAACAAAACUAUGGUCACACACACUUUUACCCACCCUAUUGGCCUCUGUCGACACUGAGUGAGUGACAGGUGGAUUUAACCAAUCACAGUGAAGUAUGCACUCUCAGAUAAAGCAGAGUUUGGAUUGCCUCUAAAGCAGUGGUUCUCAGUUGAUGUGGCUUCGGGGGCCAAGCUUUAAACUGAAAUGACAAGCCACAAAUUAAAAAAAAAAAUACGUUUCAAUUUUACCUAAAGUAUUUCAGUGUUGUUUUACUAAUCUUACUCAUUCUAAAGAGUUCUGCUGACUCAAGCUCUGACUAUAAGACUAUGAUCAGCUAGGGUGUUUAUAAUGGAGACGUCUACAGCCAAUCCUCUGUCAGUAAAAGCAUGUGGUCUGGAGUAGAGUUAGAAGUGUGAAUAUUUAAUUUUAAUUAUUAAGUCUAUCUUAUUUAUCUUCAGGAAAUUCAUAUUUAAAGCCAUUUUUAUUUGGUUUUAAUAAGACAAAAUCCAGUCCAAAACCAAAAAGUGAAUAUUUUAAUAUCACCCAUUCCACGGAAAGUUGUCCCACUGUUUGAGAACCCAGAUUUACUGACUGUCCUGGGCUCUAUUCAAACCCUCUUACGAUCCCUGGUACGAUUCUGCCCAGGCCUAUGUCACCCAUGCUCCCACACAACCAUUUUUAAUAAAUGUACAGAAACAUGAUGCCAAACAACACACUAUAACUUCACAAACCAGGUGUGAUGUGCUUUUAUUAGCGAAAUGCACCCUAAUAGUGUUGUUAUAGCGCUCUGAAGGGGUAGGGUGUAGCAAGGGGAGCGGGCACUCAGAGCAUCAAUACUUAAGUUCAGUUUGUUACAAAAUGACAAAAUAUACAGUAAAAAACAUUAAUCACAAUUUUUAAGUGGGACACCGCUGAAGCAGACCUUUGCUCAUAAAUGGGGCCCAUAACCUACUUCAUCAUUUCAUGUUUUACUAUUACAUCAAAUUGAGUAUUUCUUCAGAGUUCUGAUGAGGCUCACUGUAAAAGAUUUACUAACAUUUCUGCCAAAGGCCUGUGGAGACCUGUCAUCAGUUGAGAGCCCAGAUUUGCCUUGUAUAUGAAGUGUUAGAAAAUAGAAAUCUGUGUCUUGGCCUCUAAGAAGGUUAGAUUUUCAGUGCCAUAUCGCCCACCCAGAGGUUAAAUGAAGGGAGAUUACUGGAAGAAAGUGAAUAUUUUGAGUCAUCAUGCUAAAAAUCACUAGAGACUUGAGUCAUUCUGCUCCAAACGUGUCUCUAAAUGACUAAGUGUACUCUUCAGGUUUGACUAUUUACUUAUGCGUCACUCGGACUACAACAUGGCGGAGGUUGGCGGUACAAAGGUUUAAUUUAGAGGGGUCUGGCUAUAUCUGUAUUCGUUUGUUGCUCUGAAUAGACUAACUGAAGUAUUUUUGGGGACGAUGUUAACCACAAAGGAGUGUAAGCGAUUUGUAAUGUUGGACUCCUGGUCAGUUGUUGGUCCACUGGAGAAUGCAUUGUGCCGGCUGUGGUCAAACGACAUGAGUCACUGAAAAUAUCCACAAUGACCAGUGUCCAGCCAACGGAAGCAAGUAUAGAGCAACAGUACAGACAUGUAAAGUCGAUUUGGUCAGACCCAGUUAAAUCGUUGCAUCUACAAAUCAAACAUGUACUGUAUUUUUAAUCAACUUGUCAAAGGAUUUAAAGGUGCACUAUGUAACUUUUCUGGCAGAGGGUCCACUACCUUCUUGUCUCCAUAGAGAUGCUUUUUCUUCGUUCCCAAUUUUAACAAUGAAGGCCUUCCCAGAUGAAUUCCCGUCAAUUUGUGAACUCACAAAUAUCGAUCCCAGAAUUCAUCUUCCUACACAACGUUAUGGAGCUCAGCCGACCCGCCCACUCCGUCUGCUCUGGUUUCUCAAGUAAAAUUUCAAAUAUUGAGAGUUCAAAGGCAUGGCAGAGACUAACCAGCUACAUGCUAACUACUAUCUAUAAAGCAGUUGUUUUUUAUCCAAAAAGCAUGUUUAAAACACAAGAUUUGUCGAAAUGUUGCAGUUUAUCAAGGUUCAGAUUUUAAAUGAAAUGAUUGGUCUUGUGGUCCUUAGUUAUUAUGUAGAUGAUUAGUCCUGAGAGUUCAAACUUCUAAUGAUUUUUUUUUUUUUUUUUGCUUCUGGAACCUGGGGAUGGACGUUCACUGUUGAGUUCAGUUGAUUGACAAGUUGAUUCUCAAUGCCAUCCAUCAUGUAUUUAUUCAACUACUGGUGUUUUUAUUGAAAAGACGCCCCAGUUGUGAACAGACUUGCCUUCCACCUAUAACUGUAACUUGGCCUGGUGGCUUUGAGUGGGAAAAGUGCCAUACUUUGGAACAUUUCCGGAGACAAACAGCCAGAAAAGUUACGUAGUGCAUUUUUAAGCAAAAUUAGUUGCCUCAAAACUAAAAACCUUGCCAACAAAGGUAUUCAAUUAGUUUAGUGAAUAUGUCCUGCUCUGCAAAUACAAAAUGGAACCAAGAGAAAAACUAUGAUUUGAAUGUUUUAUACCAACUAUUUCAUCAACUUCUGAAAUUAAAAUGUGUUAAUUAAAAGUGUUUUUCAUUAUAUUUGCUUUUUAUUAUGAGAUUAGCUUUGAAAAUGCAGUGACUCUUGACUGUUGGAUCAUAUUUGUUAGUCCUGUGGUAAUGAUUCUGAACAUGUUGAACUGCCCAUCACUAAGUAUAUCCAGUUUUAUCAGCGCAUUUGUCCAUCCAGUUUCAUCUAAAGGGAGUUAAACAGUAAGGGAGGUAUUUCUGCACUUGUUUCCGUAUUGUAAUUAUAUUUUGUACCAUUUUUUAUUUAUAAUUUACUGCUUUUUGUCAUUCAGUCAUUCUAAACAUGGUCACAUUUGAGUGACUUGUGAAUGUGCCAUAACAGUUUGUUGUCAUCAUCUCUUGUCUUUAUCCAAUUUGCACAUUUUUGUUUUGUUUUCGAUACUGUUUUGUAACUGACUAAACCUGCUAAUUUAAUUUUGAUUUUGGGUGAGUGUAAUGUUAUUUAUUCUAAUAUGUACUGAUGGUUUGAAGGUAUUGUUGCUCUCUGAUGAGCAGAACAAAAGGGAAUCCUGUGUCGAUGUUGUGAUGAAUAAACCCCAUGUUUUCUUUUA